ACUGCCGCACGCCCUGGGGAAGUGAUUAUCUCCGCAGGCUUUAGCUGCUUUAAGCUUGCAUGUGCAGCCAUGCAAGUCAAAUCUAGGGAGGAAAGGCCAUGACUUUGUUUGCCAGCUACAGGAGGGCCUGGAGUCCUGGCACCACUCUGCCACCUGCCCCCAUUGGGCUGGGACCAGACGCUAUUAAAGGGUUCGCAGAAGGCAGCCGCAGCAGUGCUCCGAACCGGCGUGUGGGACAAUGGUGACCUCUGUGCAGCUGAACACCGGGGCAAAGAUGCCCCUCCUGGGGCUGGGCACCUGGAAGUCUGCACCAGGGAAUGUAACAGCUGCAGUGAUGACUGCUAUUGAUGCUGGAUACCGCCACUUCGAUUGUGCCUAUGUGUACCAGAAUGAGAAUGAAGUUGGGGAAGGGAUCCAGCAGAAAAUCAAGGAAGGUGUUGUAAAACGAGAGGACCUCUUUGUUGUCAGUAAGCUGUGGUGCACGUUCUAUGACAAACCUCUGGUGAAGGGAGCCUGCCAGAAGACUCUUGCUGCCCUGAAACUGGAUUACCUGGAUCUCUACCUCAUCCACUGGCCUAUCGGGUUUAAGGCAGGAGAGGAGCUGUUUCCCAAAGAUGACAAAGGCAUGUGUAUUCCCAGCAAUGUUGAUCUGCUACAUACCUGGGAGGCCAUGGAAGAGCUGGUGGAUGCUGGUCUGGUCAAAGCCAUCGGAAUCUCCAACUUCAACCACGAGCAGAUUGAGAGACUCUUGAACAAGCCGGGACUGAAAUACAAGCCUGCAACUAACCAGAUUGAAUGUCAUCCAUACCUUACCCAGGAGAAGCUGAUCAAAUAUUGCCAAUCCAAAGGGAUUACUGUGACAGCAUACAGUCCCCUGGGCUCUCCAGACAGGCCAUGGGCUAAGCCAGAGGAUCCCUCCCUUCUGGAUGACCCCAAGAUUAAAGAGAUUGCAGCCAAGCACAACAAAACCCCAGCACAGGUUCUCAUUCGGUUUCACAUCCAGAGAAAUGUGGUUGUGAUUCCCAAGUCUGUCACACCACAGCGUAUUGUGGAGAACUCCAAGGUGUUUGACUUUGAAUUGACUAAAGAGGAGAUGGCAACCAUUCUCAGCUUUAACAGAAACUGGAGAGCCUGUACAGUGACCGCGUGCGAAACUCACAAGGAUUACCCUUUUAAUGCAGAAUACUGAAGAUGAUUUUACCUUACCCUUCUCUAGUCUUCUGAGGUCUGACGUGCUUCCGCUCUAACUCAGAGCUACACGUUUUCUAACUUUCUUACUGUAUCUGCCCUGCUGCUGACAGCAAAGACACAAGAUAUGUACUGAGUGAAUUUUGUCCGAGUUCUUUGUUGAAAGAAGGAAACAGUAUAAUUGUAUUACAGAACAAAAUGUGGUAUGUAAUAAUUUUCUGAGUAAGACGAGAGAAUUAUUAUCAAAGUGCCCAGCUGGAAAACAGAAAAUACGGAAAGCAUUUGAACUACCACUCAAUGAUUAACUUAAGAAUGUCAACAAACCAAAACAAAAAACAUGCAAAAACAAUUUCAUCGGUAGAGUUUGAUAUUUUAAAUAAAAAUCAUUCUAAAGGGCAAAAACA